AUGUCACGAUUAGGAGGCGGUGUUGGCGGCGGUGGCGGCGGCGGAGGAGCAGGAGGGUAUGGAGGGAAAGGCGGUAUGGUGAUGAGUACAGGCGGAGUGGUUAGUCUGAAAGGGGGGCUGAAAGUAAAUCUUCCAAGUACUAGCCCGUACGGCAGCCCUUACGCGAGUCCCCGAAAUCCGCCGGGCGCGGGGGGAUUUGCUUCCCCGUACAUGCAAGGUGGAGGGGGAGGCUCGCGGAAAUCGAUGACGCCAGGGGGGUCGCUUUGCGCAAGCCCGCGCACUGUAGCGGCACAAAGCGAGCGGGAUCAGCAGAAACUGGCGGAGAUUCAGAGCAUGUUCAGCAACUGGAACGCGGGGACUCCCGUGCAAUCCCCGCGAAAAGGAGCUUCCAGAAUCGUUUCUGGCGUUCCGCUAAGAACGCCGCAAGUGAGCGAGUAUUAUAGAGAGGACGGGGAUAUUGAGGUGGAAGAAACACCCGAAGUUCUCGGUCCGUCGAACUCAAAUGUUUUGGGGAAACCGUAUCAGGAUUUGGAGGAUAAAUACAAGAUGUCGCCGAAGGAGCUUGGGCGGGGGAACUUCGGCGUGAUUCACUUGUGCGAGAAUCUGGAAACGGGCGAGCGAUACGCGUGCAAGACAAUCACCAAGGCUAAGCUCGAGUGCUGGGAUGACGUGGACGAUGUAAAGAGAGAGGUGCAUGUUCUCGAGACUCUCCGAGGGCACCCCCAUGUCGUCUCCAUUAUCGAAACCAUUGAAGAUGAAAAGGAAGUGCACAUCAUAAUGGAACUUUGUGAAGGUGGCGAAUUGUUCGACCGUAUCUUAGAACGCAAGUACUACGGAGAGAGGCAGGCGGCCAAGGUGAUCCGGUCGGUGGUGGAGGUGCUGGAUUUCUGCCACCAGCGGGGAAUUGUGCACCGCGACUUAAAGCCCGAGAACAUCCUGCUCGUGUCGAAAAGGAGCGACACACGGUGCAAAGUUAUCGACUUCGGCAUGGCCUACUGCCUCAAGCCAGGCGAGCGCUGCAAGCUGCGUGCCGGAACGCCCAACUACAUUGCCCCAGAAGUCAUUGCGAAGAACUACGGCGCAGAGGCAGACGUGUGGAGCGCGGGGGUCAUCCUUUACGUGCUACUUUGCGGGUUACCCCCGUUUUGGGGGGAUACAACAGAGGACGUGUUCAAGAGCAUCCUGUGGCAGGAGCUGGACUUCGAAACAGAGCCAUGGCCGGUCGUGAGCACUGCUGCGAAAGAUCUGGUCAGGAGGAUGCUGACGAGGAAAUACGACCGGCGAAUAACCGUGUCGGAAAUUCUGAAGCAUCCGUGGAUCAAGGCUCUGACAUGA